AUGCGUCCACCGAUGAAGAGGACUACAAGCAUGAAGGAGUUCACCUUGGACAUCGACGUCGCCAUCAAGUCCGGCGAAGGUACUGUUGCUAAUCAUCAGACGUUUGAUCCUCAAAACCCAGUUAGUACUGGCGGUUUAGAUCAGAGGUUCCUGGCUACCGCCACAGCCGCCGCCGCGUCUUCCCGAUCCCUCCGCCGCAAUUCACCAGAUUCUGUCGAAACUUCUCAUUUCUUGAGGGCCUGUUCCCUCUGUAAACGCCGUUUGGUUCCUGGUCGAGAUAUCUACAUGUAUAGAGGCGAUAGUGCUUUUUGCAGUUCAGAGUGUAGACAACAACAGAUGACUCAAGACGAGAGAAAAGAGAAGUCUUCAUUGGUAACGAAGAAGGGAGCUGCAACCGUCGCCACCGGAGCAAAAUCCAGCGCCACCGGUGGCAAGACGGUAACCGCCGUCUAG